CUGCCUUGCGGCACAAUCUCUGAUAGAUGAGAAGAGGCAGCAUGUUGAGAUCUUCCUUGCUUCUAACGAUAAUGCUGGUGGGAGUGCGUCCCCAUGACCAACUGGAUUGUCUAGUAAAUACCCUGUUCCAAACGGUGUCCGAAUUGCAAAAUGACAUAAAGGAGCUCAUGAAAACGUCCAAUGAACAGACAAAAAAUGCAACAAAUACUAGAGAACUGGCAGAUGAGUUAGCUGCUGAGUUGAGGGAGAUGAAAGCGUGCAAUGCUCAGGGCAAGAUGUUGGGUUCUAGUGGAGAAUGCAUUCAAUUGAAUCCAAAGUUUGAGAUUAAGUGGAUAACGUUCAACGGAAUAACAAUGGAAAUCUAUGGUCAGAAGGGAGUCGAGAGAAUACAACGACACGAACUCCUAAAUGAGGGCUAUCAAAUCUUUUGGAGCAUUCCGUUUGCAAACAGAAAUUACACACUGACCGGAUCGUCUAAUAUGCUAUUUACUCACGGUGCAAUGUUUGGCCUACAAGGAAACAACAUACAAGGCGACACAAACAACUACUUUAGAGAAGACUCUUGUGGAGUGGCAGUCAGAAAACCGGAUACUAACUCAAACACUGAUUCCGAUUACAUCAGCGUUGUUGCCAUUGGAACGGAAUAGGUUUCAUAGUUAGACACAAACCGAACGAACACACAAUCUAGAUUAAAGUGACAUUCAUACUUUUAGCUCUUGCUAUGAUCUGCUGUCUAACCGGUGCCCGUAUAAGUACCGGUGCCC